GUGUAGCUGAGUGUGUAGCUGAGUGUGUAUGUUGCAGGCUGAGACUAUGCUGAAGAAGGUUGGUGUACACGGAGUGAAACUGAGUGAGUACGAGCUCAGCAUUGCCGCCCACAUCGUGGACCCACGUUCAAUGCAGGUGUCCUGGGAUGACAUCGCUGGUCUGGAUGAGGUAAUCUUGGACCUCAAGGACAACGUCAUUGCUCCGUUUCACAAGCGACAUCUGUUCCGUUCCUCACGCCUGUUACAGCCUCCCAGCGGGGUUCUCCUGCACGGCCCUCCAGGCUGCGGCAAGACUCUCGUCGCCAGAGCCACCGCCAGCGAAGCCGGGUGCAGGUUCGUGAAUCUGCAGCCGUCGGUACUGACGGACAAGUGGUACGGAGAGAGCCAGAAGCUCACGGCAGCCGUCUUCUCCCUGGCGAGGAAAAUCCGGCCAACGAUCAUUUUUAUAGACGAGAUUGACUCGUUCCUCCGAAGCCGCUCAUCUUCUGACCAUGAAGCCACCGCUAUGAUGAAGGCUCAAUUCAUGUCUCUGUGGGACGGCCUGCAGACAGAUCGUGACUCCAGCGAGGUGAUGGUGAUGGGCGCCUCAAACCGUCCCCAGGACAUCGACGCGGCCAUCCUGCGCCGAAUGCCAACUCGGUUCCACAUCACCCUGCCGAAUGAGAAACAGAGACUGGAUAUUCUGCGUCUGAUCCUCAGUACCGAAGAGGUGGACUGUGAUUUUGACGAGCGGGAGAUUUCGCGACUGACUGUCUGUCUGACUGAGUGACUGACUGACUGACUGAGUGACUGACUGAGUGACUAACUGAGUGACUGUGUCCUUGUUGCAGGUGGACUGUGACUUUGACGAGCGGGAGAUUUCGCGACUGACUGUCUGUCUGACUGAGUGACUAACUGAGUGACUGUCCUUGUUGCAGGUGGACUGUGACUUUGACGAGCGGGAGAUUUCGCGACUGACUGUCUGUCUGACUGAGUGACUGACUAACUGAGUGACUGUGUCCUUGUUGCAGGUGGACUGUGACUUUGACGAGCGGGAGAUUUCGCGACUGACUGACUGACUAACUGAGUGACUAACUGAGUGACUAAGUGACUGACUAACUGAGUGACUGUCCUUGUUGCAGGUGGACUGUGACUUUGACGAGCGGGAGAUUUCGCGACUGACUGUCUGUCUGACUGAGUGACUGACUGAGUGACUAACUGACUAAGUGAGUGACUAACUGAGUGAGUGACUGACUGACUGACUGAGUGACUGACUGACUAAGUGACUGACUAACUGAGUGACUAACUGAGUGACUGUCCUUGUUGCAGGUCGACUGUGACUUUGACGAGCGGGAGAUUUCGCGACUGACUGUCUGACUAACUGUCUGUCUGACUGAGUGACUGACUGAGUGACUGACUGAGUGACUGACUGACUGACUGACUGACUGUCUGUCUGACUGACUGACUAACUGAGUGACUGUCCUUGUUGCAGGUGGACUGUGACUUUGACGAGCGGGAGAUUUCGCGACUGACUGUCUGACUAACUGAGUGACUAAGUGAGUGACUGACUGAGUGACUGACUGAGUGACUGACUGAGUGACUAACUGAGUGACUGAGUGACUAACUGACUGACUGACUGAGUGACUAACUGAGUGACUGUCCUUGUUGCAGGUGGACUGUGACUUUGACGAGCGGGAGAUUUCGCGACUGACUGUCUGUCUGACUGAGUGACUAACUGAGUGACUGACUGACUGAGUGACUAAGUGUC